UCUGGGAGAGGGGAUACCCCACCCAGGCCUACCCGACCGACCCCACGCACGGGAGCGGGGCCCCGAAACCCCUCCAGCGCCCUCGGCGCAUAUAGGCCAUCGCCUUGGCCCCAAGCUGGGAAGCGUCGGUCUGUCGGAACGUACUGCGAUGUCUCCACCCUACCCUGGUCCACUCGAGGGGGGAUCCCCGCCUCUUCCCCGUCCUACCCGGUCACUAUUUGCAAACUGGCCCCAAGGCCUGGGGUCCCCAUGAGUGGAGUAGGGAACUGCGGGAUUAGAGGGAAGGCGAGACAUCAGGCUCUCAGGGAAGACAGUGCUGCUCACUAUCACCCUCAGCUGCGGACUGGUGAUUCCAGGCCUGACUGAGGCCCACCUGUGAAGUCCCCAUCCAAACCAAGGACCUGCCAGUCUGAGAAGUUUCCUGUCGCAAGGUCACCAAGGGGCUUCGUGUCCCUUCAUUGACAGGCCCCAGCAUGCAGGGUGCCCUAACGCCACCAAUACUGUCUGGUCCCAGCCAGUCUGCAGUCUCCAACCAGGCCCUGAUGCCCACUGCGAGCCAAGCUUCAAACGUAGCCCCACAGCCCUCGAAGACCUUUUCCUCCUCAGGCCCACUCCCAGGAAAGACCAAGCCCACACCUGUGCGUCGCAUGCGCCGGAUCAUUGCUGAGGACCCUGAGUGGUCACUGGCCAUUGUGCCCCUCCUCACUGAGCUCUGCAUUCAGCACAUCGUCAAGAACUUCCAGAAAAACCCUAUCCUGAAGCAGCUGCUCCCAGAGCAUCAGAAGAAGGUCCUGAGCCACCUGUCCCCUGAUCUGCCACUGGCCGUGACCGCCAACUUGAUCGAGGACGAGAACUACUGGCGUCGCUGCUGCAUGCAGCGCUGGCCGGUGUGCCACGUGGCCAAGCAUGGAGGCAGCUGGAAGCACAUGUUCUUCGAGAGGUACUUGGAGAACUUGCUGAAGCACUUCAUCCCGGGUACCACAGACCCCAGCAUCAUCCUCGACUUGCUGCCCCUCUGCGCAAAUUACGUGCGCAGGAUCCGUGUGGAUCAGUUCCUUCCGCCGGUGCAGCUCCCGGCCUCGCUGCAGACCCGGGAGCUGUCGGACUCAGGCAGCGAGGUGGAGUCGGAGGAGCCCACCAUGGACCACUACCAGCUGGGGGAUCUGGUGGCCGGUCUGAAACACCUGGAGGAACUGGACCUGGUGUACGGCGUCAAAGACUGUGGCAUGAACUUCGAGUGGAACCUCUUCCUCUUCACCUACCGAGACUGCCACUCCUUGGCGGCCACCAUCAAGGCAUGCCACACCCUCAAGAUCUUCAGGCUGACCCGAAGCAAAGUGGAUGAUGAGAAGGCGCGCAUCCUGAUCCGCAGCCUGCUCAACCAUCCCGGCCUCGAGGAGCUGGACCUGUCACACAACCUCAUUGGGGACCGAGGUGCGCGUGCUGCUGCCAAGCUACUAAGCCACAGCCACCUGCGUGUGCUGAACCUGGCCAACAACCAAGUGCGUGGGCCCGGCGCACAGUCGCUGGCUCAUGCCCUGGCGCACAACACCAAUCUUGUUUCCCUCAACCUGCGCCUCAACUGCCUUGAGGAUGAGGGCGGCCAGGCGCUGGCCCAUGCCUUGCAGACUAACAAGUGCCUUACCACACUGAACCUUGGUGGCAAUGAGUUGUCAGAGCCCACAGCCACGCUCCUCGCCCAGGUGCUUGCCAUCAACACUACGCUCACCAGCCUCAACCUGUCCUGCAACCACAUUGGGCUGGAUGGUGGGAAGCAGCUCCUGGAAGGCAUGUCAGACAACAAGACCCUCCUGGAAUUUGACCUGCGCCUGUCAGAUAUAUCGCAGGAGAGCGAGUACCUCAUUGGGCAGGCCCUCCAUGCCAACCGGGAAGCCGCCCGCCAGCGGGCCUUGAAUCCUGGCUACUUGAUGUCUCCCAUCAUUGCCAAUGUCCCUGGGAAUUCUGUGGAAUAAGAGUGGGGACAGGGAUCUGACUUGGGUCACUACCCCAGCCCCAGCCCUAAUUUCAUGCUUUUGCUGGGCACUCUGCUACAGAGUGUCACAGUGGUUCAGGGGAAGGGGGAGAGGAGACCAAUCCUUGGAGUGAGUGAUCAAGGGUCAUAGGCAUAGAGACUGAGGUGGGGAAGGGCACCAGGGACAGGGGAAAAAGGGGUGUGAAGCAGACACCUACUUCUUGGGCCCAGAGGAAGGAUUACUAAACCCCACAAAUGACCAACUCCUUCUAGCAAUAGGUAAGGCAGAGAGGACUCUGAGGACUGUACCUGAUCAGAAUCUCUCCCAUGGGGGACUGCCCACCUCCCUGGCUCAGCACUCCCAGUUUCCUCUCUACUGAGCAGAUCCAUAACCUUCAAACAUACACACAUGCACAUUCUCCCUCUCCCUCUCUCUCUCCCACCUCUGGCUACAGCAGAAUCAUGCCUGACUCUUUCUGCCAUCUUGUUGCCUGACUGUACAUUAUCCAGUUCUAUAGGCUACACCAUCCCCAAAUCCCCACAUCUCAGUCUGGGAAGGGGACAAUGGGUGACAGAAGCUGAGACCCAAUGACCUCCCUUGAGGAGGCAAUUGUAGAGAAUGACUGCUGGGGAGGCGUGAGAUUACUCUGCCACCCACCCCAGAGAGCUUCUGGCAGGAGAAAGGAGAUAGAGGAAGGAGCGCACGCUGGGAGAGGGAAGUCAGUGAGUCAUCCGCAACUUUAUUAUCCACCAGUUUGAUUUGUACAAUCUUUGCGCUUGGAUAUCCACGACAGAAAGGCCACAGUGUGAUGCACCCAAUUGACAGAGACCUGUCUUCUCCCCAGCCAGGCCCAGCCCACCCCACAAUCCCUUGUCCCCAGGACCACGGAGCCUUCCAGGUGCUCUCCAUGAAUCCCUGGCACUCUGUGGCUGCCCAACCUGGGACCAAACCCACAGGAAUCACAUCAGCCCAUGGGGCCACAAGAGGACCUGACUGAUGGAUUCAGGCUGAGCCUCACCCUCCAUAUUCUUUGGGCUGAGUGGCCCAGAGCCUCCAGACCUAUGUCCCCUUAGGGCAGGCCAUGAGUUACAACCAGUCCAGGAGUGCCUGCCUUCCAGAGACUUCCAACAAACAGGCGCUGAGCAGAGCACCAAAGGGGGCUUGGGAGUGAUUGCAGCAUGUGCCUGUCUGGGCCACCUAGAGUUCUUCUGUGCCUGACACCCUCUGACAGUUCUGGAGUGCAAACGUGUAGGUGUGAGGGUAGGUGUGUGUGUGUAGCCACAGCUGCUAGCAGAGGUUCUAAUUAGAGAAACAAGAACAUUCAGUGUAAAGUUUAAUUUUAGAGAUUAAUUAAUUUUCUGGUUUUGGUUUUCCCUGGCAAUCAAUAAAUUUACCAAGAAAAUAGA